AUGUCAUCUUUAAAGUCUUUAAACAUUUUACCUUCCCUUGAGAAAAAAUAUCCCCUUGACUUUUCUUUUUCCAAAUUUCACGUGACUCGUCCUAAUCGAGCUGGUUACAACAAAAUUUAUGACAUCAGUAGAUCAAAAAGUUUCUUUUUUGAGUUAGUCGAUCAUUCUACAGACACCAAUGAAAUUCAUCUUAAAAUACACACAAAUGAUUAUCACAUGAAAACAACCCCAAUUAGUUAUCCUAACACAAGUAAACUCCCUAAUGACAAAUACCAGAUUAGUGUUAUGCCUGUCUCUUAUACACAUCUAGAUGUGUAUAAGAGACAGGUUAUGUCAUCUUUAAAGUCUUUAAACAUUUUACCUUCCCUUGAGAAAAAAUAUCCCCUCGACGUUUCUUUUUCCAAAUUUCACUUGACUCGUCCUAAUCGAGCUGGUUACAACAAAAUUUAUGACAUCAGUAGAUCAAAAAGUUUCUUUUUUGAGUUAGUCGAUCAUUUUACAGACACCAAUGAAAUUCAUCUUAAAAUACACACAAAUGAUUAUCACAUGAAAACAACCCCAAUUAGUUAUCCUAACACAAGUAAACUCCCUAAUGACAAAUACCAGAUUAGUGUUAUGCUCACACAUUUUUUUUCUUUACAAAGAGUUUUACCCAGGCGUAUUCAACAAAAAUUUUUUAAUUUUAUCCGAGAUAAAUUAUUACAAAGAAAGGCGAUUAUCAUGUCACGUGCUAGUAAAAUUGAUUCACGUAACACAACGACCAAAAACUUUUUUAAUUUCUCUUACAAACGAUAUCGUUUUCACUUUGGAAUAUAUAUUCCUUGUUCUCAUGAUUACAUUACCCCUGGAUUUCCUGGAUUCACUCCUCCAAAAACCAUUUGUAAAGUACCGACACCAUUCAUAAUGUCAGAUUUUAGAAGAGCUUGCGUCCUUCACCAACCCUUAUUCUUUAAAAAUGAUGUGUUUAUACAUAUUAAAAAUGUUAAAAAAGAACUUAAUGUUGAUUCAACAAAUCCUUCUUUAAAACCAAAGAUUUUUCAUGCUAAUCUUUUAUACACUCACUGGAAUACACAUAGAACUAAAAGAAUUUAUUCUCGAAGAUUGGGAAUUUCUUAUGAAGAAACGAUCCAUGCUCGUGAUCGCCACUCCAUUACACACCUUAAUAAUAAACAUAUAUAUAGGAAAAAACUUUGCAAUUUAAGUAUCCGACGUAGUCACAACCCUCGCGUGAGCAAGGCUCAAGAGACUCGUUUUGAUAGGGCUAAACGACGCAUUUUCAACACAAAAGAACAUAAUCGUAUGGACCUUAUACAGCAUAAAUAUGCUACGGCACAAAGAUAUCGAUUUCUGUUUUCAGAAACACAAUUUGUUCUUAAACCCAUCAAACAUCUUCUUUACAACCAAGGCCUCCAUCACGGAAAUUAUAAAUUUUGGACGCCCUUUUUUGGACGUCCUGGUAAAAGAUUUAUGACUACCACGAUUUACGAUACUCUACCAUCUUUACCCCUUAUUACGUAUACAGUAGCGCCCUACAAUCCAACCCCUAAUAUGUUUAUUCCUCACAAAUACAGAAAUAUAAUUCCUAAGGAACCGCUUUACACAGAGGAGGGUGUAUAUAUAGUUCCAGGUUCUAGAGAGUGGUUUACUUAUAUGUAUAAUUUACACAACAAUUUGCCCCCACCACUUACAAAAGCACAACGUCGUGCGUUACAACGUGAGAAUGAGCGUAUUGCUCAUUUUAGAUUGAAUCAAGAAAAUGCAAUUAUGCAAGGGACUUCAGUCUAUCGGGUUAAACCACGACAAUUUUUGAAGGAUAGGUUGAGUACAUUUUGUGAGCGUGUUCACGAUAAAAUGACGAAGUUGACAACCCAAUACUUGGAAACUGAUAACGAAAUUACUAAAUCAAAAGUUUAUAAGACUAUGAGUAAUUAUUGUACCAACAUAUUUGAAGAUGAUAAUAUUAGAUCUAACAAGUACCUGCGCUAUGGCAACCAAUCACACCUUGACAUGUUCGGAGUGCCAGUGGACACUUCCGACGAUGCUAAAGAGCUCGAACUCAGACCUAAAAAACGAAGAUUUUCUUCGCAUACUACUAACCUUUACCUGUCGAUUGAUAACACAGAUAGAUUCAAACGUAGACGUCUCUUUCCUGCCGUUAUGGACGACUCAACUGGAAAGUUUGAUUUUUUACAUAGUGGUUCUCUUUUUACACAUUUAGAAGCUAAUGAUACUAUUAAUUAUAAUUCUCCUUCAUCUUCAAACAUUUGUUUAUUUUAUAAUCCAUUAGAUAGAUGUUCUCACUUCUUUGGUUCUCUAGUUCCCUGUUUCCUUUUACCUGCUCCUUCAUCGGUCGUGUUGUCAGAGCAAAACAAAAGUUUUCAGUCCACUUCUUCUAAGACAAUAACAAGUGAAGUAAAUAGAAUUGCUGCAUGUUUAGCAGCUGUCAGAGCUAAUUCUACUAUAGUAGCACCAUCAGUUCAACAAAAACAAAGAGAAGCAAAUCAAGAAUUUGCUUUGAAUUAUUCAAUGGUUCAUGAUACUUUUAAUACCAAUAUAUUACCACUUGAUGUAAAUAUAUCAAGAUCAAUGGAAAAAGUUCCAACAGCGAUACAUAAAAUCAAAGCUUUGCAAGACGUGUUUCAAAAAGAGAUCAAUGAAAAAUUAAACAUUAUGUUAGAAAAAGUUGAUCAAUUAAUCACUCCUGAAGAUUCUUAUUGGAAGAAUCUAGCAUCAAAAACGUGCAAGGUUCAACUACCUCUUCUAGGCCUUUAUUCUGAUGAUUUGGAAUUUAAAAAAGGAUUUGAGAUAGAGUUGAUGAUGACAAAACUUUACAUAUGUCAUAGUGAUACAAAAAAAGGCAUGGGAAAGAAAACAACUACAGUGAUGGGUACCACCUUUACUUUGGCUGUUUGUGAAAUUGUUCUAAAUCCAAGACAUCCAAAAAUUUCAGUUAGUGAUAAUGCCCUUCAUAGACGUUUUAAUGAAUAUUUACAGAAUUCAAAAGAGAUAAUAGCAGAUAUUACCAAAGAUAUUAGUCGUGAAGAACUUGGUGAUUCAUAUGUUAGUUCGGGUAAUAAUGAUACUGGUAGUGAGGGUGAUGUUCAUAGUGAUAAAAAUAUAAUUAAUCAAGAUGAAUCUGAUAAAGAACAAUACGAAAAUGAUGGCAAUAUUGAUCAAUAA